GAGAGGCACAUGGGAGAUGAGUGAGGACCAGAGGGCUUGGUGUCCCACUCACAUCUGUCAAAGGAGGAUAUGCACCAAAUUCCCAUUCCAAUAAGGAAUUAACUAAAAGAACAAUCCAUUCCAUUCAAUUCCAAGUUCAUCCCCCCAUUGGAAUCUUUCACCAUCCUUGGGAUCGCAAAACCCCACAUCCAUGCCUUGCUAGUUUCCUCCCGUCUGAACUCCCCCUGCCUCUGACACCUUUCUUACACACAUUGCUUCUCUAGUCGAUAACAACAAAAGGAAAUUGGAGCUACAGGAAGGUGUACCUGCCCGUUUUCUUUGGUGUGGUUGGUAGUCCAGCCAGGGAGGGAAGUUUUGGAGAGAAGCUGAGUUCGGUUGGGGACUGGAAAUUGGAAAAGGAAUCUCUUUUAGCUAGGUGUAUAGUAUCAUUCUAAUGCAGUGGGACUGCUUUGGUAGAAGUAGCAUUAGUGGCACUGAUGGUGAAGGGUGAAUGCUGGCAUGUUUGUCAGGAAAUAUUGUAGAACAAAGGAGUUGCAGGAAGAGAAAUAUGUCAGCAAAGUUUCUGCAAGCAUUUGCUGCUGAUCAUGACAAUCCAGAGUUGCAGAGGCAAAUAGGGUGCAUGACUGGACUCUUCCAAAUGUUCGACCGGCAGCAAAUUCUCACUGGGAGGCGUUUGAAUGUUAGUAGUGGCCACAACCACAAAACUCUCCCUUCCGGAAAUGCUCUUCCAGGCAGAAACUCAGUUGGUUCCGAGAGAAAUGGAUGUCCUCCCCAAGUUGUUCUGGAGAGAAAUUCAAGCAAGAGACUGAGUGAGAAUCAAAGAACUUCAAUGGAGUCAUCGAGAACUUCAGUUUCUUCUUCAUCUUGUUCAUCAUUUUCUUCUCUAGACUGUAACAAGUCUUCUCAAAUGUAUAUAGAUGGGUCUACAAAGGGUCAAUCCGAUUACCAGUCUCUGAAUUUUCGAGAUGUCGUGAAGGACUCUAUACACAAAGAUCAAAUGCAUAUGAAGAACCAUGUGUCGAAACAAAAAGACUCUGCGAGUCCUGUUCAGCUGUUGAAGUCGAUGGAUAUAUUGAAUUCCACCGGAUUCGAUGGGAAACCGAAAAUGAAUGUUGAUCUCGGUGAAUCACUCCGGGUCCUAGCGAAGCUCAAUCAAUCUUCCCAAUAUUUUUCAGAAGCUAAUGAAGCACCAAGGAGAUCAUACGAAGGGAAAAAGUCUUCUUCCAGAUUUUCGUAUGAUGGAAGAGCCGCACACCUUGCUCUGGAUUCCCAAGAAAGCAGCAAAUUCUCACCCAAGGACCGCACUCCGAGGAGUUCUAACUCUGAUCUAAAACCUCACUCGGGUAUGAAACAAGUUGAUCAGUGCACCAUUGAUCGUCGAUCUUACAGGACCAUGGAACGUCAGCAAGAACUGGGAAAUUGUAAAAGCCCUCCUAGCAUAGUCGCUAAGCUCAUGGGCUUAGAAGCAAUGCCCAGCUUGAGCCAAGAUCGACAGGUUUCGGAUGAUAAAAGCAUUAACAAAAGCUUUAGCACAUUCAACACCCACCAGAAACCAAGCUUUCCUUUUGAGAAAACCACAACCACAAAAGAUGACAAAGAGGAACAUGCUCCUUGGAGGCACCGUAAAAAUAUUCGUGUUCCCCAAAAGAUGAGAUUUGGUGUCCGUGAAUCUCACUCAAAGCAGCAAGCAGAGUCUGUUUAUAGUGAGAUAGAGAAAAGGUUGAAAGAUCUUGAGUUUCAACAAUCCAACAGGGACCUCCGAGCUCUGAAGCACAUAUUGGAUGCUAUGCAUGCAAAGGGACUAUUAGAGAAUGAUAAAGUUGAACAUCAUCCUUCCAGAAUUUCCAUUCACACUACUUCACCUGGAAAUGAUCAGUGUUUAGGUUCCACAAAUGACCAAAAUGUGGUUUUUGGAUCACCAAUAGUCAUCAUGAAGCCUUCAAGAUCUUUUAGCAGGUCUGAUAUAUCACCAUCUUCCUUCAUUCCUUUCAAUAGCUUACCAGAACUACAAGGGUCACAGAUAAGAGUUCAUGAUGACCGAAAGAUGGAUUCUCUUAACACCAAAAUUUGCCAAGACAAAGCUCUCAAGUCGAUUGACAGACAACCUACUAGUCAAUAUCUUCAGUCCAGAUACAAGAAAUGUGCACAAGAAGAUAAUGACACACACAAACGUUGUGCAAGUAUGUUUCAGGCCUCACCUAGGCCUCAGAGAGGAAUUAGAGAAGAUAACAGAAGUCUGGCAAAAUCAUCGAGUGCUCUCGGCUCUAGAUUACAGCACAGCCAGCUUGAAGAAGAAAAAUAUUCUUCUACCCCACGUCCCUCGACUCAAUCUGAUGCGGUUCCAAAACAGACUGCUAAUAUAUAUUCUUCAGAAUCAGUGUCUCCUAGAGUCAGGCUCAGAAUAAAACCAGCCCAAGCACAGCGAAAUGAUGAUCAACUGAGUGACCCUAGUAGUGGGACAGGAAGUCUAACUCAACAAGUUGAUGAAAAGUCAGAUGCAGAAGUAACAAGCUCCAACCGCUCUGUUGAACUUCGCUUUUCUUCUCAGGGUAAAAGGAAUCCAUCUGGAAGAGCUGCUAAAAGUGCUUCAUCAACCUUGAAACACAAGAAAUCACAUAUUUCAAGAGAUGCUGCUGGUCCAGCAACAGUGGCCCCUGAGAAACCAAAUCCAAUCACUGUCUUUGAUCCCUCAGUCUGCCAUGAUGAGCUGCCUCCUGUGAGAAUAUCUUCUAAUGCAUCCAAAGUAACAGACAAUACGAUUCAAGAUUUAGGUGUUUGUUGCAAUGCAACCGGCAAGCAUGAUGCUCCAUCAUCCAAUUUAACAUCCAGAUUGAAUCAGAAAAAGUUUUCAAAAGUUGAAGACCUGGUUCAGAAGCUGAGGCAGCUAAGUCCAAACCCUGAAGAAGCUGUGGCAACUGACCAUGUUGCAUUGUUGUGUGAAAACCAGAACCCUGACCAUCGAUAUGUUUCUGAGAUACUCAUAACUUCUGGCCUUCUCAUGUUAGAUCUAACAUCCAGGUCCAAGAGCAUGCCUGUCCAGUUACAGUCUUCUGGCCACCCAAUAAACCCUGACUUGUUCUUCGUCUUAGAACAAACAAAGGCUGUAAAAGAAAAUAUCAAUCAGCUCAAGGUUAAUCCAGAAAAGAUUCACCGGAAGCUGAUAUUCAAUUUGGUGAACGAACUUCUAAUUCAGAAGUUGAAGUUGGCAAGCUCAGGCCCUCUGCCCAACCAACUUAUUCAAGCUAGAUGUGGCAGGCUUCCUGGCGGACAAAACUUGCUGACAGAGCUGUGUUCAGAUAUUGAACACCUCAAAGCUGAGAGCUUCACUACAGACAGCCACGGCAAUGGUUAUGCUGAGCUAUCAGAAGAUUGGCUUUACUCUGAUGUUGAAUUACAGAUGGUAGUCCUAGAGGUGGAGAGGUCAAUAUUCAGAGAUUUGAUAGACGAAGUUCUUGGUGGGGAAGGUGCAUUUGGUUUUCAAGAAAAGACAAGUAGGAAACAAAGAGCUUGAUGCUAAGCAAGCAUACCACAAUCUUCUGUAUUCUGUAUCCCUUCCAAGCAGACGUUACCUAGCAAAUUCAAGCCAUUAUAAUGCUUGUUAAAAGUUUCCUUUUUGUUGUAACUUGCAAGUACGCAUCACAUGGAUAUUGUUGCAACUAUUACGGUGAUGAUGGAUGUUUCUGUAACGU